ACAUUAACAUAAUGAAAAAUUCAUUAAAAAUAUAUGCCAUUUUGGCUAUAACAACAGUUGUCGUAAUACAGACAGCAAAAGCUGCAAAAUUUUUGCAAAACAAACCCGAUUUCAUAGUGCCCUGUUAUUUAGAAGAUCCACAAUUUAACAAAUGUUAUGCCAAAAACUUUGAGGGAAUAUAUCGCGAGUGGAAAGAUGGCUUGCCUGGUUUUAAGGAAGCUGGCUCCUAUGAUCCUUUAUAUGUUAAACGUGUGGUUAUUGCUCAAGAUGCCAAUAAUCCGGUGGCCUUAAAUGCUGAACUAAUUAAUCUAGUUAUAACGGGUGUCAGUCAUAUGCAAGUGCAAGAUGCCAGUUUUAAUCCAAAAUCACUGAAAUCAACUCUUAAAUUGUUUGUGCCCAAAUUACGCUUUGAUUCAGAUUAUAAACUAAAAGGACGUAUUUUGAAUUUGGCCUUAAAUGGCAAUGGUAAAGCUCUAAUUGAAAUUGAUAAUUUCGUUUUAAUACUUAACAUCCAAUUGAAAUUGCGUGACGAGCAUGGUUUAACCUUUACCGAUAUUGAUAAAUUGCAUUUGGAAAUUAAAGACGUUGGCGGCUUUCAUGUACAUUUCGAUAAUCUGUUCAAUGGCCAAAAGGACUUGGAGGAGACUACAAAUGCUGUAUUCAAUGAUAAUUGGCGUGAUUUUUAUGAAGUUUUACGUCCCGCCAUAAGAGAAUCGGUGGAAUUUAUCAUGAAGGAUCGUCUAUCAAAGGCUUACGGUUAUGUGCCGGGCAAUUAUUUUAUUGCCGAUUUACCAAGUGCUGCCCAGCAUAGGGCCGACUAUUUGAUACCCUGUUAUCUGCAGGAUCCAAACUUUAACAAUUGUUUUGCCAAAAAUUUUCAAGUGCUAUAUACCGAGUGGAAGGAUGGUGUACCCGGUCUCAAGGCGGCAGGUUCAUUUGAUCCGCUCUAUGUAAAACGUAUUAUUAUUUCACAAGAUCCCAAUAAUCAAUUGGCCUUAAAUGCUGAUCUUUCGAAUGUGGUAAUAACUGGUGCCAGUAAAAUGAAAGUUCAAGAAAUCAAAUUCGAUAUAAAAACAUUGAGUUAUUAUGCCAAAAUAUUGGCACCAAAAUUACGUCUUGAUUUCGAUUAUAAACUUAAUGGACGUAUUUUAAAUUUACCUUUAAAAAGCAAUGGCAAGGCUUUCAUGGAAGUUGAAAAUUUCGUAAUGGUUCUUAAACUACAAGUUAAACUACGUGACGAUCAUGGUUUCACCUUUACCGAUAUAGAAAAAUUACACAUGGAUAUUAAAGAUGUUGGCGGCUUCCAUGUUUAUUUCGAUAAUCUUUUUAAUGGCCAAAAAGAUUUAGAGGACAGUAUAAAUGGUGUUUUCAAUGAGAAUUGGCGUGAAUUUUAUCAAAUUGAAAAACCUGCCAUAACUACAUCCAUUCAAGAGAUUAUGAAAGAUCGUCUAUCAAAGGUAUUCAGUUAUGUGCCCGGCAAUUAUUUCAUUGCUGAUAUACCAAGUGCUGCUCAAAAUAUUUACAUAAUGAAUGUGACACUUAAAAUCCUUACCAUCCUGGCCAUAACAACAGCUGUUGCAGUUUCCGCAGCUAAUGCAGCAAAAUUUUUGUCAAACAAACCCAAUUUUUUAACACCCUGUCAUUUAAAAGAUCCAGAUUUUGACAAAUGUUUUAGCAAAAACUUUCAAGCGAUGUUUCGCGAGUGGAAGUCUGGAAUUCCUGGUUAUAAGGCUGCUGGUUCCUUUGAUCCCAUAUAUGUUAAACAUAUUUUGUUUUCUCAAGACCCCAAAAAUCCUGUGGCAUUAAAUGUUGAUCUUUCUAAUGUGGUGAUAACUGGCGCUAGUAAUAUAACCGUUCAAGAAAUCAGUUUCGAUGAAAAAGCGUUAGUUUUACAUGCUAAAUUAUUAGUGCCAAAAUUACAGUUUACUUUCGAUUACAAGAUUAAUGGACAAAUAUUAAAUUUAGUUUUAAAAAGCCAUGGAAAGGGCUUGUUUGAAAUUGAAAAUUUGGGCAUGAUCCUUAACGUACAACUUAAGUUGCGUGACGAACAUGAUUUCACAUUCGCAGAUGUCGAAAAAUUAAAUAUGAGUAUUACAGAUAUAGGUGGUGUUCGUGCACAUUUUGAUAAUCUUUUCAAUGGUCAAAGAGACUUAAAGGAUAGUACAAAUGCUCUUAUAAAUGAGAAUUGGCGAGAUUUUUAUGAAAUUUUAAGACCCGCUGUAACAGAAGCUGUUCAAGAGAUUAUAAAGGAUUACCUAAAGAAGUCAUUAGGUUAUGUACCUAUAAGUUAUUUCAUCGAAGAUCUACCAACUGCUGCUGAGCACAGUGGUUAAAGUUUUUGUGUUGGAAAAACGUUUAGAAAAGAAUGAAUAAAAACA